CUCGAGCUUUGUCCUCGAGAUUAGCAUAAGGUAUACAUGUAGUAACACAUACGGUGUCGCCUAUUCGCACUGAUUUUUGAGGUAGUUAGAAAAAACAGCUUUCUGGUUUUUUUUUUUUUGUGUGAGGGUACCUACUGUCUCUGACUUAUCCUGCCCGGGCGCAGUAAUCGUCAUUCACAGUUCAGUGCUCCGCCGCUUCGCACGUGAACUCAAGUCGCGCCCCAAAAUGGGAAAACGUUCUCGUACCGAGCCUAGCGAAUAUGAGUCGUUAGCUAAAAAGUUUAAAAAGCUAGAAGAAAAAUUGUUGCGCGCCCGCCGGAAAGAUCGACACACGCCGCGCCGCCGCCUGUCCUCCACGUCGUCAUCAUCGUCGUGCACCUCGUGCUCGUCGAGCGGCAGCUCCGCCGGCCCGAGGCGCAGCCCCGCCGCUCGCUCACAGCCCUAUCAGGAACAAUUCUGUAUUGAAGGUGUGCCUACGAUCGAUUACGUACCUCAACCGUCGACGAGUGCCGCUCCUCACGUCGCUCCGCCACCGCAGCCCCCGCAGUGCGUCGUGGCGCCGCCACCCGCCGUACCAUCGCCGCCGCCGACACCUCCGCCGGGUUCCACAGUCGCUGAUGCUAUCCCAGACUCACAGGUGAUACCGCAAAUUACUGAUGAGGUUAUGCAACUGCUUGGUGAGGAUCCCACCCAGAAAAGAGUCUAUGGAAAUGAUAUCCAGCCUGAUUUGGCCGUACGUCUCCAGCAUAUGGCUACUUCGGGUCUGUCUAAGGAAACCCGUAAGGAACUAUCGGAUAAAUUCCUGAUUCCCGCCAACUGCACCCUGAUUGACGCACCCUUACUAAAUCCAGAGAUAAAGGCUGCCGUCUCCGAAACGGUCCACAAGAGGGACAAGGGUAUUGAACAUAAGCAGAAGCAAAUCGCAUCCGCCAUUACCUGUAUUGCCGAAGCUCUCACCUUGCUUAUAUCACAUGAGCAGAACGCCUCUCCUACAGAGCUUAUUAAGCUUUUAAUGGACGCACAAAAAAUAUUAUGCGAUUGCCAAAACUCCGAUUCGCUUGUGAGAAGGAAUUUCAUACUUUUCAAUAUGAAAAAAGAAAUUAAAGAUCAGCUUCAGGCGACAAAAAUUGAUAAGUUUCUCUUUGGUGCAGAGUUAGCAGAAACGCUCAAAGCUGCAAAAGCUAUAACUAAAACGGGAGACGAUAUGAAGCCCAUGCCUCCCAAACAGCCUGCUAAAAAAGUAAUUAACCCCAAAGUACAGAAAAAUCAUUUAAACUGGCGAGCUCCUCCCCAGAGCCACAGGUCGAAGGGAACCCAGAGGAGAAAGGAACCUGCACUCAGGAAUCAGCACGAGACCUCCUCGAGACAAUCAUCGCGUCCAGCAGCGAGCCGCAGCCGCCGCUAAAUACGGUAAGGUACGCCGGCCGGCUAUCAAAUUUUCUUGACAAGUGGUCCCUUAUCACUCAUGAUAAGACAAUACUGUCUUGGGUCACAGGAUAUCGCAUUCCUUUCUCGCAACCUGUGAUUCAAUGCUCACCGCCUAUAGCAAAAGCACUUCCUCUUGCAGAGAAAGUACAAACUAAUCAAUCAAUAAAAGACCUAUUAUCGAUUGGUGCGAUCGAAGAAUGCGAUCCCAGUGAUGGUCAAUUCAUAUCACCUACGUUUCUAGUACCUAAACCGAACGGCAGGACUAGAUUUAUUCUAAAUCUUAAAUCUUUAAAUAAAUUUAUUUCAACAGCACAUUUUAAACUUGAAGACUUGCGUACAGCUAUUAAUCUUAUAAACAAGGGUUGUUUUAUGAGCACUGUUGAUCUGAAAGAUGCCUAUUUUUUGAUCCCUAUACAUAGUGAUCAUAAAAAAUACCUGAGAUUUGAAUUUAAUGGAAAAUUAUUUCAAUUUAAUGUCUUGCCGUUCGGCCUCAAUACAGCUCCGUUUGUUUUUACAAAGUUAAUGAAACCGGUUAUUAGUUUACUGCGGUCAUGUGGUUUCUUAUCUACUAUCUAUUUAGAUGACAUUUUGCUAAUAUCAAAUACAUAUGAGUCAUGCGUGAGAGAAGUCUCUUACACAGUAAGCUUAUUACAAUCUUUAGGUUUUAUUAUCAACAAAGAAAAAAGCGCACUACAUCCUAACACAAAUUGUAAAUUCUUGGGUUUUAUUAUUGAUACUGAGAAAUUACAAAUUUCCUUACCUAAUGAAAAAAUUCAUAAAAUUAAAAAAGAAAUAGAUAAAUUUAAAAUACUUACACGAUGUAAAGUCAGAGAAUUUGCCCGCCUCGUAGGCUUACUUACCUCGGCCUGCCCUGCCGUCGAAUACGGCUGGCUUUAUACAAAAGAACUCGAACGCUGUAAAUAUCUUAACAUAAAAGAAGAUAAUAAUUAUGAUAAAUAUAUGACUAUACCUCCGUCAAUAUUGCCAGAUCUAGCUUGGUGGUCACGAGUAAUAAGUAACUCUGUAAACAAAAUCAAACAAAACGAGUAUUGUUUGGUUAUUUACAGUGACGCCUCAACAACGGGGUGGGGGGCGGCCUGCGAGGAGAAACGGGCUAGUGGGAUGUGGUCUGACAGCGAACGCUCGCGACAUAUCAAUUAUUUAGAAAUCCUCGCUGCCUUCUUUGGACUAAAAAUCUUUGCUAAAUCUUGUUACAACUGCCAAAUUUUAUUACGAAUUGAUAAUACCACAGCCAUAUCCUAUAUAAAUCGUAUGGGUGGUAUUCAAUUUCCUCACCUAACUGAAGUUACAAAACAAAUUUGGCAGUGGUGCGAAAGAAGAAAAAUAAUACUUUCCGCUUCAUACAUAAGCUCCGCAGAUAACAAUAUCGCGGAUGCCGAGUCUCGUCGCGUUCACCCAGAUAUCGAGUGGGAACUGUCAGAUCACGCCUUUAAUCGCAUAACAAAGCAUUUUGGUAUCCCUGAGAUAGAUAUUUUUGCCAGUAGAUUAAAUACAAAAUGUAAAAAAUACAUAUCCUGGCAUCGGGAUCCCGAUGCCUAUGUAGUAGAUGCAUUUACUAUCUCUUGGAAAAAGUUUUUUUUUAUGGAUUCCCACCUUUUUCCAUUAUAUUAAAAACACUUAGGAAAAUUGAGAAUGACCAUGCAGAAGGCAUUAUUGUGGUUCCCCACUGGCCAACACAACCAUGGUUUCCCUUGUUUAAUAAGUUACUUGUGUCUGACACUUUAAUCUUUAAACCGAAUAAAAACUUAAUAAAUUCCCAUUCCAGCAACCGAGAUGUUCAUCAGAAGACUACCCUGGUUGCCGGAAUAUUAUCCGGAAAUCGCUCCUGAGAAGAAGUGUACCUUCAAACUCAGUUCCCAUUUUGAUGGCCUCCCUAUCAGAAAAUUCCAUAAAGCAGUAUGACACCUGUCUUAAAAAAUGGUUUUUGUUCUGUAAAACAAAUUAUACCGACUUAUACGUAACUUCCGUUCCGACUGUCAUACAUUUUCUCACUCAGCAAUACGAAUCUGGUGCUCAAUAUGGAACUUUAAAUAGCUGUAGGUCUGCCCUUUCUUUAAUUUUAGAUCUAGACCUAAAUGAUAACCGCAUUAAACGGUUCUUCAAAGGGAUUUACCGAUUAAGACCUCCUCUGCCCAAGUACAAUACUACUUGGGAUACCUCCCUAGUUCUUAAUUAUAUAAAAUCCUGGUAUCCUAAUGAAAAUUUAAACUUAGAAAAAAUCUCUAAAAAACUUGCAACGCUCCUUGCUUUGACUACUGCACAUAGAGUACAAACAAUUUCAAAAAUAAAUAUUAAUAACAUAGAAGUUCUUCCAAAUGAAAUUCAAGUCAAAAUUCCCGAUUUAAUAAAAACUUCCCGUAUUGGCGCUACUCAGCCUACCCUCAUCCUCCCGUUUUUUAGAGAGCAACUGGCCAUUUGUCCAGCUACCACACUGAAUUCUUAUCUACUGAUGACGAACCCACUGCGUGGUAGUGAAGAUCACUUAUUUAUCGGCCUUAAAAAACCACAUAAGGCUAUUACGUCACAAACUCUCAGUAGGUGGAUAAAGAGUGUACUUUGCAGCUGUGGUAUAGAUAUUUCUGUGUUUACCGCGCACAGUACUAGACACGCAGCCACUUCAAGAGCUCACAAAAUGGGCAUCAAUGUGGACUUAAUUAGGAAGACAGCUGGUUGGAGCGGCAGUUCCAAUACUUUCGGUCGGUUCUAUAAUAGGUGCAUAGUUGGAGAGCAACAGGAGGGUCAAAACUCUUUUGCCAAUAGCAUUUUGUCUGAUUAAGAGCUGUUCAUUAAUUAAUAAUUGAGUUUAAAUUAAUAAACUUGUAGAACUUGUACCUGAUUUACCAAAUUGUUUACCAAAGUAUGGUACCCAUUUUGUUUAUAUAACUUGAUUCUUUUUUGUUGAUAUAAUUUAAGUAUGCUUAUUUGUAAAUACUUAAGUAAUUAAAUAAAUUGGCGUAAAUCCUAA